AUGCCCCACCACCCCGCUGAAGAGACGGCCACCGGCAACAUCACCGACCAGGUCGCCAAGGAGUCGUCGGACAGCACCGCAUCCACGCACCCUCUGCAUGAUACCGACACCAACGUCACCUCCGGUGGAGCGCACAGCAAGGCUCAUGUCAACGACCACAAAGCUGCUCCUGGCCCCGUCAUCGCUGAGAAAAUCGGCCAGCCCGCGAGCAAGGAGGAGCUCAAGGCCCGGGCUGCGGAGCUGAACAAGUAA